AUGGACAAGGGGAAGGGUGUGCCUGAUAAGUGGGCGGUGCUGAUCGGCAUCGAAUACUACGAACAUCCCGCACAGCCCACGACCACACCGCGAUACGGCCAUCUGGGUAACAAAAUUGAGUACAAAACUCUGCGUGGCUGUGUAAACGACGUCCUUGCAGUCGAGCAAUAUCUUGUCGACACAAUCAAUGUCAACCCGGAGCACGUCAUCAAGCUUCUUGCUCCAGAACCAGGCCGAAAAUAUCUGUCGCAGCUCCCUCCGGGUACCUACCGUCGCCCCACUUAUGACAACAUUGUCGAUGCAUUGAAAGUGCCCGAGGGUGCUAAGCAAGGUGACUUUGUCUACGUCCACUUCUCCGGCCACGGCGCCCGCGCUACGACGGUCUUUCCGGAACUGAAGGACCGCAGCGCCAACGAUGAGGAUCAGGUUCUAGUGCCAAGCGACAUCACGCGUGGCGGAAAGUACAUCCGGGACCUCGAGAUAGGCAUUCUCCUGCAAGCGAUGACACGCGGCAUCCCAGAAGUAUACAAGUCCGAUCCCCAAUUGGACCUGCCCGGGAACAUAGACCGCAUCAUGCACUGGGGACGCCAGCGGCCGUGGAUGCAGGCACCACAAGGUUUCGUCGUCCUUGCCGCGUGCGAGGAGUAUCAGAAGGCCCACGAGAUUUACCUAGGGGACCACAGCCACGGUCUCCUGACCCACGUGCUCCUGUCAAUCCUUCGCAACGGCCCAGUGGAGGUCUCCUCGCAGGCGUUCUACGAAGGGAUCCGCGCCAGAGUGCAGGACAGCAACCGGAACCAGACCCCAUACCUCAUUGGCGACAAAGACCGCUUCUUUUUCAGUGACAAACUCCGAUCGCGCGUGCACGCUCUGACCGUCAACAGAGCGUGCGUGGACAGAAGGAAAGAGCUGAUAGACCGCUGGGUGCGCCUGGCCGGUGGCAAGCUCCACGGAGUAGAGGAAUUGUCUGAGUACGCCAUACUGCCCUGGAGCUUCGACCUCGGCAAACGGAUCGAGGAGACAGACAUCAUUGCCCGCGUACGAGUGACAGAAGUAAUGACAGGGGAGUCCAUCGCGUCCUUCACGCAAACGGACCGGGUGCUUUGGGAAAAGAUUGUCGAAGGAUGCCCGGCUGUUCUGCAGCAGCUGCCCAUCGUGAAGAAGUCCACUGUCUACUUUGCUAUCACCGACGACAAAGUGAAAGAGGACUUCGAAAGAGACUGGCAUGGGCACGACGGCAAUCGUACCUGGCUUCAUCUUAACGAAAAUGGCGUCAAGGACACGUCUUUCACCGUCUCGAUCGACAAAAGCGGUAAUUUCGAGAUCCGUGAACGGUCGGGCAAUUUCACACAGGCCAUCCGCAACGCUGUGCGGCCGCUGCCGGCUGCGGCCCCAGACAACAUGCGCGCACUCAUACGUCGCCUAGAACAUCUGGCCAGGUUCAAAAUGACUAAGGCACUGGCAAAUCCAGGCUCGCGGCCCGGAACGUCAUCCGCUCUCAUCUCGAUCAAGGUGGACGCUCCAGCCGAGGGUUGGGAGCUCCCGUCGGGACAAAAGGUGCCCCCGGCCGAGAUAAAAGAAUGGAUGGCGGGGGCAUAUGAGCUGGACGAGGAGAAAUUGUUCCGUGUUACAAUCCAGAAUCAAUCCGACCGGCCUUUGGGCUGCGCAGUUCUGAACUGUGGCGCGGAGUUGGGCGUCGAGCAUCUCUUUCCACCGAGAGAGCCCUAUUACAGACUUCGCGAAGGCGAAACCAAGAAGACGUAUUUUUGGAUGCAGGUCGCCCCGGAACUCAGGGCACCGGCUAAGGACGGCGUCGCCGUUGUAGAUACUCUCAAGAUCUUUGUGUGCGACCCUCCAAGGAGCCUUGACGCGCUCCAGCUCCAGGGUUUGGGGGAGAUGGAAGACGCGGUCACACGAAGCGGCAUCAGCGAAAGGUCCCAUGAUCUGGAAGACCUCUUGGGCGAUCUUGGCACAAGCUGGCUAAGGCAUUGCAUCCCCACUCCCGGUGCUCAGAAAGCCGACUGGGAGACGGCCGACGUCAGAAUUCGGAUCAGGCCGCUCCUAACAGAAAACCCCUUUCCUUGA